AAUUGGAGAUUAUUCAAAAAAUUUCCUGACAUCUUUUCAGUAGUACCUUUUUCACUUUAGUGUUUGUUGUUCGGUGAACAAUUUUGAUACUUUAUCUUGUAUUUUUUAGAUUUACUGUGAUUUUUCUUUAUUGCUAAGUUAUGCCAUCCAAAAAAAAAGUUUGUAUUUUGGGAUCCGGAAAUUGGGGAUCAGCUAUUGCCAAAAUUAUUGGUACAAAUGCUGCCCGUUUAGAUAUUUUUGAUUCUUGUGUAAAAAUGUGGGUUUAUGAAGAGAUGAUUGAUGGCAAAAAAUUGACUGAAAUAAUUAAUACCACUCAUGAAAAUGUCAAAUAUUUACCAGGAAAACAACUUCCUGAAAAUGUGGUUGCGAUUCCUGAUAAAGUAGAGGCUGCUAAGGAUGCUGAUAUUAUUGUAUUUGUUGUUCCACAUCAAUUCAUACCAACAAUUUGCUCAGAACUGAUUGGUCACAUCAAACCAACUGCUGUAGGACUUUCUUUGAUUAAGGGUUUUGACAAAGCAGCUGGUGGUGGAAUAGAUCUAAUUUCUCAAAUAAUAAAUAGGCAGUUAAAAAUCAAUGUUUCUGUUUUAAUGGGUGCAAAUUUAGCCAAUGAAAUUGCUGAUGAGAAAUUUAGUGAAACUACAAUCGGAUGCCGAGAUAAACGUGUUGGACCAAUUUUAAAAAGUCUAAUUCAAACUGAUUAUUUCCGUGUAUCUGUUGUUGACGAUGUAGAAGCUGUUGAAGUAUGUGGAGCAUUAAAAAAUAUUGUUGCUGUUGGUGCAGGUUUUGUUGAUGGUUUAAAGUUAGGUGAUAAUACUAAAGCUGCCAUAAUACGUAUUGGAUUGAUGGAAAUGAUUAAGUUUGUUGAUCAAUUCUAUUCUGGUGCCCGCCUUGCUACAUUCUUUGAGUCAUGUGGUGUUGCUGAUUUAAUUACCACUUGUUAUGGAGGUCGUAAUAGACGUGUUUCUGAAGCAUAUGUAACUUCUGGAAAGUCAAUAGUAGAGCUUGAAAAAGAGUUACUAAAUGGUCAAAAACUUCAAGGACCAAUUACUGCUGCCGAAGUUAACUUUAUGUUAAAAAAUAAGUCUAUGGAAAAUAGUUUUCCUUUGUUUACUACUAUUCAUAGAAUUUGUAAUGGUGAAAUGAAACCAAACGACUUAAUUGAACAAAUGAAAUUGAAUACUGAUACGGAUUCUGAUCACACAGUUAAGGCUGGCGGAGAAUAAUUCCAUUGUUCUAUCUUCACAUUUUUCAACUAGGUUGCUAUACUUUUGUAAAUUAUUGUUAACAUCACUGUUAAUUUUUAAUUUGUUGUAAGUUUCAUAAAUGUACUGUAUGUUUGUUAAAGUUUUAA